GUGCAUAUCAACUGUCAAAACAUUAUUCUUUUGCACGUGUGUAUAAGCACACUAUAUUGGUUUUUUUUAUUAUUAUUCAUUGUUUAAAAUUGGAAAUGGGUCGAAAAAUUCCGGCUAGAAAACAUUUUGGCAUUCGUGAUCCGAUUAAGCAAAGAGAGGAGAGAGAGGCAUUAAUCAAAGACAAAAUAAACAAUCCGCCAGAACGACGAGAUUUUCAAAAAGUUUCACACAGUUUGGCUCGGUUCAUUAAGUUGAAAGAAGGAGCAAAAAAACAACCAGAAAAAAAGAAAAAGGUGAAACGAAAUACCGCCGAAAAUGAAGAUAAACCAGAAAACUACACAAAGAAAGGUAAAACAAAUCAAAAUCGAAGUGAUAAGCAAUUUGACAAUCUGUACCAAAAGCCGAAUGAGUCGGAUCGAAAUUUUAUGCGACGCGUGAACCGUGUUACAGAGGAAUCGGUUGAGGAAGCAAAAUUUGAGGCAAAAUAUGGUGUAGAAGUGAUUCGAAAUAAAAAAACGGGUGAGAUAAAGUUGAAGAAGCGUCCUACGAACGAAAUUGACGAACAAAUUAAACAAAAUGCGGCCAAUGCGAAAAGAGGCGGUAAAAAGGCCAAAGCUUCCAUCACCAUUGCUCCGGAAGAACGUAAAAAGUUGAUCAAAGCAAUGAUGGAAGAAAAGAAACAGAAAGAGUCAGAGACAAAAACUGAAGAAAUUCAAGAAUUCAAACGCGAUGAAAUUAAGUUUGGAGAAGUCGUAAAUGCACCGCCUCAAUUAGUUGCUCCACGAAAAGCGCAAAAAGUGGAAACUGUUCCCAGGCCGGGCCGAAAAUCGCUUCUCUUACAUUCAGUGAUCAAUCAAUAUGCCAAGAGCGAAGAUGAAGUGCGAAAAGAAAGGAUCGAACCACAGAAUGUCAAAAUAACCAAGUCUAAGUCUGUGUCGCUGAAGGGAAAACGAAAGGAUCUAUCAACAGCGAUGCGAACAAUGAUUGAGUCUGAACAGAGUCAAGUCGUAAAACUGUACAAAGAAUUGAGGAAAAAUCAACGAGCACAAAGUAAAAUAUGUUAAAUGUGAGAAUAUAAUAAGCGCUUUUAUUCAUAAUAAACAUAUUUUUUAGCAAUAAACAAA